AUGGCGGGAUGGUUCGCAUCCACGUCGCAGCUCGACGAGCAAAUCGACAAGGCUACUUCGAGCUCACUGCAAGCUUCCUCCUCCUCCUUAGCUCAGAGAUGCAGCGAAGAUAUUUCACUCAACCUCGAGAUCUCUGAUAUCAUACGCUCAAAGACGGUCGGGUCGAAGGAGGCGAUGCGGUCCUUGAAGAAGCGCAUAGGCAACAAGAACCCGAACUUUCAACUCAGCGCUCUCAAUCUCACGGAUACCUGUGUGAAGAAUGGAGGAUCCCAUUUCCUGGUCGAAAUCGCCUCGAGAGAGUUCAUGGACAACCUGGUUUCCCUCCUCACGGCCUGUGGCGGGGCUGCCGUCAAUGAGGAAGUAGCGGCAAAGAUACUGGAGUUGAUCCAAGUUUGGGCGACGGCUACCGAAGGGCAAAAUGAGUUGUCUUAUAUUGUAGAGACUUACAAGCACCUGCAACGAGAAGGCUUCCGUUUCCCACCCAAGGUCGAUGUCGCGAAGAGCAUGUUGCUGAGCAAUGCACCGCCCGAAUGGACCGACUCUGAUGUAUGCAUGCGAUGCAGGACGGCCUUCAGUUUCACGAAUCGCAAGCAUCAUUGCCGGAAUUGUGGGAAUGUCUUCGACCAGCAGUGCUCAGCCAAAGUUCUCCCUCUUCCUCACCUCGGAAUCAUGCAGCCAGUGAGAGUAGAUGACGGGUGCUACAUCAAGUUGACGGAUAAGUCCUCAAAGGGAGGAUCUUUCGCGAAUGACCGCACUCCCCGCUCUCCCUUAAAGCAACAUCGACCAAUUAGCUCCAUGCAACCUCGCAAUGCACGAAUAGAAAGUUCUUUCGAUGAGGAUAUCCAGAGAGCGCUUGCUAUGAGCUUGGAGGAGGUAAAUGGACAUGUAAGCGCUGGAUACGUUCCCCAAAACACAAUCCAGCCCACCCCGAGACCAGCGACUGCCGAUGGUCCGUCCAAGAACUCCUCAUCAAGCAAGCCGGCCGAGGAGGAGGAUGAUGAUCUCAAGGCGGCGAUUGCAGCGUCACUUGCAGAAAUGGAAGAGAAGAAGAAGCAGCAUUCUGCCCACAUGAGACAGGCUUCAAGCUCCAAUUCUGCGGCAACUGGAACAUCGGUGUUACCAAAGAACGAUUAUGAAUUGACUCCAGUGGAAGCCGAGAACAUUAACUUGUUUUCCACCCUGGUAGACCGGCUACAAACACAACCACCUGGAACUAUACUCCGAGAGCCUCAGAUUCAAGAGCUCUAUGAGGGAAUUAAUAAGCUCCGUCCAAAGCUUGCCCGAACAUAUGGAGAAACAAUGAGCAAGCACGAUGCUCUUCUUGAUCUCCAUGCCAAAUUAUCAACGGUGGUAAGAUACUAUGAUCGGAUGCUGGAAGACCGCCUGUCGAACACAUACAACCAGCAUACUGUCAGUGGAUAUGGUCUUCCCAGUCAACGCCCGCAUUCAACUGUUUAUCCAUCAAUCGCCACCAAUGCGCCCAAUAUUCCUGGUAAUGCUGAGAACUACUACACCGGAAACGCACCUCAAGAUUCAUACGCGCGCCCACAGUCGAUGUAUUCACAUGGCGAGCAUCAGCAUCAACAGGCACAGUACAGCAACCGAGCCUCGGUCACUGGGUAUCCUGAAGAGCAACGGCAGGAAGGCUAUGGUCAAUACCCUCCCCAGAGGACAGGCAACUGGCAAACUCCUGAUCCAUCCGCAAACUACGCUUCGCAACAGGCAUCUCACCCGCCCGUAAACGCCCCUCAACAGCAGGCUCCUCCUUCAAACACUCCGCAUCAAGGAGCACAGCCCCCAAUGAACGUUCCAUCUCAACCACCGACUACGUACGGACCUUCAGAACCUGCAGCUUCACCAGCUGCCGACCCCAAUGCCUCAAUCUACUAUAAUACCCCUGGUCAAGCAGCUCCGCCUCAGCCCCAACAAGCGCUCGAGCAGCAACAACCGCAUUACCCACAUACCCACCAAUCGGCACCACAAUUUCAGACCUCUGCUCAGUCAGUCUCACCUCUCCAGUCCGCAAGAUCACCCCAGAUGCCCCAAGAGCAGUAUGCUCCAACUCAUCAGCACGCGCCACCACCCCAGUCAUACGCACCGCCUCCUCCCCCUCAUCAACAACAACAACAACAACAACAACAAGCGCCCUACUGGCAGCAGCAACAACCCCAGACCCAGCAACAGCAAUGGCAAACUCCAGGACCUACCCACACAGGAUACACGCAGGAUUCCUUCCCUUCAGCCCCUAACCACGCGCCGCAGCCCAAGGUCGAGGAAGUGCUCAUCGAGCUUUAG